AAACGGACAUCAAAGGUUUUGAAAGCUCUAUUCCGAAAACGUACCUAGGUGAUUCAAAUACAUACUGUAAUUCAAUGAAACGUAGUAGGCUCAACCGCAAAAGAAACUAGGCUGCAGAAAACGGAAUUUGUCGAGAUCUGUGUGUUGCUUUCAAAAGUUGCUGUUACGAAUUGCUGUGUCGGGACCCGGUUUGGCCCAAGAGGAAAGGUGAUAUUUUUGUAUAUAUUUUUUCCUCUCCCUUUUUAGGGGUGGGAAAAUGAUUUCCCUUUUCCAUCCGCACUAUAGUACAGUAAAGAGCGAGAGGCCUGUGAGGAUCGCUCAUGUAAUCUAAACGGUUUUUGGAACGGAGUGGUGAAACAAUAUUUCAAAUUUCGUGAAAACCUUUAGAACGCAGCGAUGAUCACUUUCAUUGUUGUCGACAUUCUUCCGGGCAUGAAGGACCAAAUCUGUCUGGGUUAAGGGGCGAAUCGGAUGGGAAUUUUACCAUGAAAACAUUUUGGAAGGUAAAUAAGCGACCAACUUCGAGAGAAACCAAGCUUCAUUUGAGGGAACUUAAUGAAAAGAAAACUAAAACAAGGAAUCUUCAGAACGAUUAGACCAAUCUUGUCAAGACAUUGGUCGAAUUAGUAACUUUGUGCAGUGUUAUUUCACAUGGAAACAAAUUAACAAUAGGUAGCUAGUGCUAUUAUUUUCCCGGUAGUCUAUUGACAAAGACGGAUGCAGGCAGCGACAGGCGAUGCCCAUGAUACAGUGUGGUCGCAAUUAAUGUUUCUCCUAAAGAUAUUGAGAGGUUAACGUUUUAUUUUCUAGUAACAUUUCACCAUACUCAGAGUUAUCUAUGUAUCAUUGGCAAUACGUUAUUUCAUGCACGCCCCCGUAAUGGUUCUGAAGAAGAACGUUUACAGUCACCUCUGAUUUCUUCUGUCUGGAACAAUUAUUUUACAUCAAUAUUUGAAAAAACUAAAUACACCAAAGAAUUGAAGUCUACACCGUGGAAUCACCCAUGUGUUCUUUUUUUAAUGGAUUAAACGAAUUUGAAUCGUUGUGGAACGCCCUUGGACGGACAUUGAAAGCCAAGGCGAAGCCAUUCUCCAAAAUACAGUUUGUCAUUUUUGUGAAAAUGCUAACGUUAUUUGGAUAAAAUCCGUGUGGGAAAAAACAACGGAAGCCCAAUGAGCGAGACACAGUCAACACUCACUGACAGGGUUCCCAAAAAAGCAACCAGGACCCUUAGCAUUCUCAGCAAGGACCACCCCCCAGACAAGAAACCCAAAAGUGACAAAAACACAGUCCCACCUCUGCAUGAGUUUGACCCUACAGGGCUUGUCCAGCGUUGUGUGAUCAUUCAGAAAGAUGAGAACGGCUUUGGGYUGACGGUGAGCGGAGACAACCCUGUAUUUGUGCAGCUGGUCAAAGAGGAUGGCUCUGCCAUGCGAGCAGGCGUCCAGACGGGUGAUAGGAUCAUCAAGGUUAACGGGAGCUUAGUAACACAUUCAAACCAUGUCGAAGUCGUAAAGUUAAUCAAAUCGGGCUCCUAUGUGGCCCUCACAGUGCUGGGGAGGCCCCCGGGACUGGCCCAAAUCCCCCUGUCAGAGGGCGAGGGUGGAGACCCAGGGGUCCUGUCGUCGUCCCUCUCCUCACCCCACUCUCCAGGAACAAUGGGGGGAACAGGGCAGCGCUGCUCCACCUCCACCAGUCCCCAGGACCACAUCAUCUCCCCGCUGCCCCUCUGGGAGGAGAAUAACUCUGUACACAGCCAGAACGUGGACAUCUUACAGAAGAUGCUGUCCAAGGAGCAGCAGGACAUACAGGCUAUGAAGGAGGAGUACAGCAGGAACCCCACAGCCAAACUACUGAAGGACAUCCAGGAGGCCAAGAAACACAUUCCUCUGCUGCAUGGCCAGCUCAGAAAGACCACAGGCACACCUMAGGAUGGCUCCCUCUCCCCCUGGAACGGUGAGGGGGGGGGCGUUGGGGCGGCCGAUGGAGCGCAGACCCCCUCCUCGCAGGUAGAGAGCGGCAGCAACGGAACCUGGACCAAUAACACUGUGUCUCCCAGUCCCCUCCCUGAGAGUCCGUGCCAAAGAGAGACCCCCUGCCAUUGCCCAAAGACCACCCCCCGAGACAGCCUCAACUCCUGCCCCUCGCCUGACGCCGAGGACACGCCGGACUUGAACUGUAACUUCCAGUGUAGUGUGGGCAGGCCCUUGUCCCGUCUCAACCCCCAGAUCAUCGGAGCAGAGGACGACUACUUUGACACCGAGCAGGAACAGAUCAAUGGUCAGUGUUGUUGUUUCCAGAGUAUAGAGCUGCUCAAGUCUCGGCCCGCUCACCUGGCCGCCUUCCUCCAUCACGUGGUCUCUCAGUUUGACCCUGCACCUCUGCUGUGCUACCUUUACGCCGACCUGUACAAGCAGACCAACUCCAAAGAGACCAGACGGAUCUUCAUGGAUUUCCAUACUUUCUUUAUGGACCGAGCAGCGAAUCUGAAAGUAGCUGUGCCUGAGUCUAUUGCCUCUGAACUAGAUCGGCGGAGACCUGAGCUGAUCCCAGAGGAACUGCACAGACCUUACAUACAGCUGCUACAGGACACACUGCUACCAGACAUCCAGGGGAACCUAGAGGACUUCAGGCAGAAGCGCAGCAUGGGUCUGACCCUGGCAGAAGGGGAGCUGGCUAAGCUGGACACAGAGAGGGUGAGAGACCGCGUGGCGCUGGAUAGAGAACGCUCCUGUGCCGAACAUAUCAUCUCCAAGAUAGAGGACAUCUUGCUGACGUCACAGCCCACAGAAGAGGAGAAGUGCACUACUAUGCAGUAUGUUAUCCUCACAUAUAUGAAACACCUGGGAGUUAAAGUGAAGGAACCUCGUARCCUAGAGCCCAAACGAGUCCGCAUCAACUUCCUGCCCAAGAUCAAGAAGAGCAUCAAAACUGAGAAAGAGGGGGAGGAUAAGGUGAAGAAGCCUCGUUUUCCCAGCAUCCUCGGCCCUCCUCGUCGGCCCAGCCGUGUGGACUCCACUUCWAUCGGCAAGGCCAUAGAGAUGAACAAGCAGCGGGGCCCCCAGAAGCAGCUCUCCCAGCCCAUCUUAAGCAUCCCCGAUCACCCAGAAUCCUCGGCCCGCGGCAGCCAAUCAAGGGAUCCAGGCUCGGAUGUGGCCACCCACCCCUCGGCCUUCAUCGCAUCACCCCCACACAGUGCCCCAGCCAGCCAGGGCUCCGACCCAAUGGGACACGAUUCUGACUCGGGUCUCACUCCCUCCUCCGCCCUGCCCAGACUGAGCUCUGACUGGCUCCACCCGGGCGACACCCAGGACAGGAUGGCCCACCCAACCAGCACCCACUUUGACUUCAGCCCCUGCACCCUGGACCAAUUGCAGGAGGAGGAGCGUGAGAGUGACGGAGUUCAAGAGGGAGGCACACCCAAACCAGCCCGGAGGAUGCAGGGUUUAGGCUGUGCAGAUGUGCCGAGUGAGGACGACCUGGGGAAUGAGAUCGAGUGCAAGCAGGACUCUCCCAACUGGCAGACACUAGUCAGCCGAGAGGUCCUGGCGGGCCUGACGCCACAGGAGAUCAAGAGACAGGAAGUCAUCAACGAGCUGUUCUACACAGAGCGAGCCCACCUGAGGAUGUUGAAGGUGCUGGAUAACGUGUUCUACCAGAAACUAACCCGAGACAGCAUCUUGCCUCCUGGAGACAUUAAACACAUCUUCACUAACCUAGAGGAGAUUGUCCAGCUACAUGUGUCGAUAACAGAACAGGUGACAGUCAUUCGGAAGAAGAAUGAGACGUCAGUGAUAGACCUGAUAGGAGACGAUCUACUAGCUUGGUUCAGUGAUGGCGAGGAGGAGAAGAUCAAGCGGGCGGUGGGCACCUUCUGCAGUAACCAGCCCUUCGCYCUGGAACUCAUCAAGACCCGGCAGAAGAAAGACCAGCGCUUCACCUCCUUUAUGCAGGAGGCUGAGAGCAACCGUCUGUGUCGCAGACUGCAGCUGAAGGAUAUCAUUCCAGUGGAGAUGCAGAGGCUGACCAAGUAUCCACUACUGCUGGAGAGCAUAGCCAAGUACACAGAGGAUGCAGCGGAGAGGGACAAGGUGAAGAGGGCCGGGGAGUGCUGCAGGAAGAUCCUCAACUAUGUCAACCAGACGGUGAAAGAGGCAGAGAACAAACAGAGGUUAGAGGACUACCAAAGACGCCUGGACCUGUCCUCACUCAAACAGAGUGAGAACCCAAUGAUCUCAGAGUUCAAGAGCCUGGACCUGACCAAGAGGAAGAUGGUGCACGAGGGACCUCUCUCCUGGAAGGUCAACAAAGACAAGACAAUCGAGCUGUACACGCUGCUCCUGGAGGACAUCCUGGUGCUGCUGCAGAAGCAGGACGAGCGGUUGGUCCUCAAGUGCCACAGCAAGAACCUGGCGGGCACCGCCGACACCAAGCACAUCUUUAGCCCCGUCAUCAAGCUCAACACUGUGCUGGUGCGCUCGGUGGCCACCGACAACAAGUCCUUCUUCGUGCUGUCUAUGUCCGACAACGGAGCCCAGAUCUACGAGCUAAUGGCCCAGACYGURUCCGAGCAAAGAACGUGGCAGUGUCUGAUAACGCAGAGGGCAGACACCAUGAAUACGAAACCGCACAACAUCAUACCUUUACCUCAGACCGAUGCUGAGCGAGACGCAGUGGAGGUGAUCAGCACAGGGAUACCCAAACUGAGCAAAGACCCAGACCGCCUUUCCACGGGAAGUAUCCAGUUCGCAGAAAAAUAUGUCACUUCCUCGCCUGGUCUGCAACCCACGCCCACAUCAAUCAACCCAUUCGACAGCAUCAAAUCAGACGACAAGGAAGAAGAGUCGCUGCUGCUGCUAGACAGAAGAGAAGAGGAGGAAGUGGAGGAGGCAGACGAGGAGGAAGUUGAAGCGUUUCUGGUUGGAGAGCUGGCAGACAGACUGCCCUUACUCCAGGAGAGGUCAUGCCAAGGCAUUGCCAUCGACGACCAGGAGCCCCAUGACGCCUUCGUCAUGCCCCCCUCCAGAGCCGAGGAGGCCCUAAGAACCUUGGCAGCCCUGAGGCAGGUCCUUCUCAACCACAUAACAAGCAGAGAGGAGGGCAGCGACAAGAACAAUGAGAAUAGGAAGGAGAAGGAGCAGAGGAUGGGCUUGGCCCAUGGCUCCCGCCUGCUGAGGACCACGUCACUGAGGGGCCCAGAGGACAGCAACAGCAGUACAUCGGGCCCUAGGAGCGCAGCAGCAUCCUCUCCUGGCUCCUCGGAGAACGGCACCUCGGAGAGGACCGAGGCGGGGAGGGAGGAGGGGGCCCCAGGAUCCUCGGAACUCCCGCCUGGGGACACAGGCUUCUUCGAGACAUCUGAGGACUACGGCAGUUACAUUGUCCUGGGGGGCUCGGGGGAGAGCAGCACAGACGACGACGGUCAGGCGAGUGGCAAGGGUGGAGGCAGGGCCCAGUGGGGCUCGGACAUCGACCUGAAGAAGCUGCUCUCCUCAUCCUCGCAGACAGGGGAUGCUGGCCCCAACCUCAGCCGUCAGGUCAUGACCCACAUCCGCCUGCUGCAGGCCAACCUGCAGCACUUGAAGAUGAGAGUUAGUGGUGACAGAGCCCCUAAUCCUCCACCACAAGAGAACAAAAUAGUGACAUUGACAGGGAGGGGGACACCUGGUCACCUCUCCCUGUCCUCUUGAUGCCCCCCACAUCACCCCYUCACCCCUCCAAUGCUGCUUUGACCUAAAGUGGAGACAGAUACCCCGCAGGCACUCCCAGGCACACACGGCAAUCAGGGAAGAACGCCACAACUCUCCACAGCCUUCUCACAAGGACCAUUGGACUAUACCCCCCUCAACCACCAGAUAUUUUUUCCUCCUGUGGAUAAGAGUGUCAUCUUCCCAUUGCUCGCAUGCAUUGGGCCUUUGGAACUCAUCACUUUCAAUUUAUCCAGCAGGGUCCAGAAACACAACUGUACGUGAUGCUAUAGUCCAACUUAAAGCACUCCCGUGUGGUGGCUAAUGCUUUGGGCCUAGAGGAUCAUGUACCAUAGCAAAGCCAUACCAAAGUGAGAAGUGUGCAGAAGAUCGAUCAAAUUUCGCUAGAACAAAACAUUUUAAGGUUAGAGAAUGGUCAUUGAGAUUUUAAUCAGUGGUUUCUACUAAACUUCAAAACAUAAUWGUAUGUUAAGUUAGCCCACCAUCAUGCCUAUAAUGACGUUCUGAARUGAUUCUUUAAUCACCUAGGGGUGAAUCCUAACUUUCACUUAAGUAAAAUGUUCCCUUCGGUAUGUAUAGAUUUGGAAGUGGAAAUUAGGKUUAUCCCAUUAAGAGGUCCUCAAGUAAUUUAUUGGAUCUCAAGAAAAACAAGCAGUUCUCCAAAAAAAGGAAAAUGUUGUGCAUCUCAAGAAAAAGGACUAGUUCGUUCGGUCUGCUAGAUAGGUCUACUUUGCCAACCCAGUGAAAUACUGUUAGUAGUUAGUAAGAGCAAUUUUUCUUAAUCUUUCAGUGUGGCUGUUUCUCCUCUGGCUGGCAUUAGUGGCACUUGUGAAGCACUUGUGAUAUAGCAAAAUACGAGAGGACAGUCCGUCGUUCCUGUUAUUGACUUUCCCCUGAAGUAAUGUGGUAUUCAUCCAUUCCUAAUUGACAGUGACCCUCUUAGAUCGGGGGAACACCCCCCAGCUAUGGGCCCAGUUGCUGUACGUCUUCCUUUUUCUGUUUUUGGAACUCCAAMCUCUGUGUUACUGUACAUCAUCCUUUGGCUACAAGCUACUGAGGAACUCUUCACUCACAAAUGUAGCUUCUGGGGUSAGAGCACAGAGCUCUGUGAUUUCAUGGUUGGAUUGAGAAAGUACUGGCACAACAAAUACUGUAUAUUAAUUUCACUCCAAUGUUAGCCCAGCUGGAAGAAUGUUUAAAUAUGAAGUUGUGGCUUGGAUUCUUGGAUGGAAACAAAGACGUGAACAACAACAAAAAAAGAGACUUCUAUGGACUAUUUUAAAUGUAAAAGAAAUACAAUUAUGUACAAWAAUGACCAACACUGUAUCUCUUAAAGUAAGAGCAAGCUUCAUGUUUCCUUGGUUUUGUUGGUUGUUUCCUUCUGCUUUCUACAUCAUACAUUAUUUUAACAGAAACUACUAAAACAUUUGAAAAAAUAAGACUUAUCCCUAAAAUAUUAAUGUAAUCUGUAUUUUUAUUAUUUUUGUCUAGACUUUACUAUAUUAUUAUGAGCACUAUUAUUAAUAUGGACUCUGGCUCUGAAAACAUACAUUUGACUGAUCUAUUGUUUAAAAUGAAGGGAAAGAUUGCAAAAUGUCUUCAUUUUGUUUCAGUUUAGAGGGAGGGAAAUAUGAGUUGGAAAUAUGAUUAAAGAAGCUGGCUGGAAACACUGA